GUCUUGCACUGGAACUCCCCGCGAUUCCAAUCCUUGUGAUUUAUUCGCAAGACUUUAUAGCUACACUGAUCUCAUCAAGCCAGGGCUACCUACCUACCUCCCUAUCAAUCAACCAAUCAACCCAGCCACUCCUCGGUCUCGGUCUAGUACUGUACCUACUCUCUCCCCGCCUUUCGCCUUUCUCCGUCCUCUGUCCGUGUCCCAUCCCUCCCUCCACCACCCCUUCAAAAGCCUCAUUACGUAGCCGGGAGAACCAAAAAAAGAACAAAACUGCCUUCGCCUGCCAACCAUCUUCCGCUCACCCCUCCCCCACUUUGUUCACAUAGCCAUGAGCAACACCGACUUCCUCGGCCGGGCAAUCGACACCGUCAAAAAGGCCAUCGAGAACGACAAUGAGGGCGAAUAUGAGAAGGCCUAUCAGCUCUACUACUCCGCCCUGGAGCUGUUCAUGCUGGCCCUGAAAUGGGAGAAGAACCCCCGCUCCAAGGAGAUGAUCCGCGCAAAGACCGGCGAAUACAUGGAUCGGGCCGAGAAGCUCAAGAACCAUCUCGCCUCGCAGGAGGGGCGGAAAAAGCCGAGCGCAGUGGGCGCGAAUGGGAAGGUCGCGCAAGGGAGUGGGAAGGGAGGGAAAGAAGAUGAUGAUGGCGAGGAUGCCGAAGCGAAGAAGUUACGGUCCGCUCUGGCCGGCGCGAUUUUGUCGGAUAAACCGAACGUCAAGUGGGAGGAUGUCGCAGGUUUGGAGAGCGCGAAGGAGGCCUUGAAGGAGGCGGUCAUUUUGCCGAUCAAGUUCCCGCAUCUGUUCACGGGGAAGAGACAACCGUGGAAGGGUAUCUUGCUGUAUGGGCCGCCCGGUACGGGUAAAUCGUAUCUUGCCAAGGCGGUCGCGACGGAGGCGAACAGUACCUUCUUCAGUGUAAGUAGCAGUGACCUGGUGUCCAAGUGGAUGGGUGAGAGUGAAAGGCUCGUGAAGCAGCUGUUCAACAUGGCCCGAGAAAACAAACCCGCCAUUAUCUUCAUUGACGAGGUCGAUGCGCUCUGCGGCCCCCGUGGAGAAGGAGAGUCCGAGGCGUCCCGUCGUAUCAAGACUGAAUUGCUCGUGCAGAUGGACGGUGUCGGAAAAGACUCCAGGGGCGUCCUCAUCCUCGGUGCGACCAACAUCCCGUGGCAGUUGGAUGCUGCCAUUCGUCGCCGUUUCCAACGGAGAGUCCACAUCAGUCUCCCAGAUAUCAACGCCCGCAUGAAGAUGUUUAUGCUAGCCGUUGGCUCCACGCCGUGUGAGAUGACGCAAGCCGAUUAUCGGACCUUGGCCGAGAUGAGCGAGGGCUACUCGGGCAGUGAUAUCAGCAUCGCGGUACAGGAUGCGCUAAUGCAGCCCAUUCGGAAGAUUCAGACCGCGACGCACUACAAGAAAGUCAUCGUCGACGGUGCAGAGAAGCUCACGCCUUGCUCACCUGGCGAUCAGGGCGCCAUCGAAAUGACAUGGACAAGCGUGGACGCAGAGAAGCUCUUGGAGCCACCAUUAAUCCUCAAAGACUUCAUCAAGGCUGUGCGCAACUCCAGACCAACCGUCAGCCAGGAGGAUCUUCAAAGAAACUCUGAAUGGACGCAAGAAUUCGGCAGCGAGGGUGCCUGAGCCCUUGUAUCUGCCUAUUAAGAACCGCCCCAUCCCACUUGUCCGUCUUUAAACCAUUGAUCCUGAUAUAGAGUCAAACUUACAUGGGACUUAAUCUUUCUCGCUGGUUUUUGCACUGAAACGCCGAUCUGAUUCUCUCUGAUUUUCACUACUAACCGAGUUGGAUGAACGAAAGGAACGACCUAUGCUUAUGUGUUUCCAUUUGUUUCUAUACACUGUUUUUUUUUUUUUUUUUUUUUUUUUUUUU